CAUAAUGUCAAAAAUGGCAUCAAGAUGGAACAAAGCUAGCAUUGCUUUAGUUGCAUUAUUAGUAAUAGUGAGCAUGAUUUCAAGAGGAGCAAUGGCUCAAUCCAACUGCAUGAAUGCAUUGUUUAGCAUGUAUUCAUGCCUUAGCUAUGUCACUGGAUCAACUCCAAAAACGCCGUCGAGCUCUUGCUGCUCCGCUCUCUCGGGGGUGCUGCAAUCGCAGCCUAGGUGCCUUUGCACCAUUGCUAAUGGCGGUGGUUCGUCGUUAGGCGUGCAAAUUAAUCAAACUCUUGCGCUCGCGUUGCCUGCUGCAUGCAACCUCCAAACUCCUCCUGUCAGUAGAUGUUAUGCUGGAAAUGGACCGGCAAUGUCUCCUAUGUCAAUGGGUUCUCCAGUGGGUUCGCCAGAUGGUUUGGACGAGACCGUGGAUCCUCCAAUGCCAGGGUUCGAAGAAAACUGGGAGUAUCAUCCAGUAAACCUCUAGUGGAAGCCUUUUCUCUUCAAAUUGUUGUUGGUUUCUUCUCUCUUUUUAUGGUUUCCUUUGUUUAGAUGUUUCUGAGUUUUCAUCUGGGAGUUCUAAAAAAGUUUGUUACAUAAAUUAGCAUUACCAUUUUAAUGUAAUGUAAUGUCAUGUUAUGUUGUGGGGUGAUUUAUAUUAAUUAAUUACUUGUGUAUCGUUUCCGUUCAUUUCUGUACUGUUGUCCUAGCAAUUAAUUAUAAAGUUUGAUUUUAUGUGUUAUUACU